AUGAAGCUGAGCACUGCUCUCGUAUUGCUUGUCGCAGCUAUUGCUGAGGGCCAUUACACCUUUCCAAGCGUCGCCAACUCCGCCGACUGGCAAUACGUCCGAACAACGGCCAACUUCCAAAGCAACAGCCCCGUCCCCAGCAUCAGUACCGACGCGAUCCGGUGCUAUGAGCGCGACGCCGGCAAAGGCGCUCCCAGCAUCCUCAACGUGACCGCGGGCCAGACGCUCAACUACAACGCCAAGGCGUCCAUCUCGCACCCGGGACCCAUGGCCUUCUACAUCGCCAAAGUGCCCACCGGCCAGACGGCUGCGACGUGGGACGGGAAGGGGAAAGUCUGGAGCAAGAUCUACCAGGAUUAUCCGACUCUGGGGGGAAGCAUGACUUGGCCUUCGCAGGGUCAAAAAUCCAUCGGCGUCAAAAUCCCCCAAUGCCUGCAAAAUGGCGACUACCUCCUUCGAGCCGAGCACGUCGGUCUGCACAGCGCAAGCUCCGCCGGAGGUGCCCAAUUUUACGUUUCGUGCGCCCAGAUCUCGGUUAGCGGAGGUAGCGGAAGCUUCAGCCCGCGCAACCAGGUCUCGUUUCCGGGCGCGUAUCAGGCGACGGAUCCGGGACUCAUGAUCAAUAUCUACUAUCCUGUGCCCAAGAGUUAUACGCCGCCCGGGCCGGCGGUUGAGAGUUGUUAG